AUGGCCAUUCCAGCGCUAGGUAUCAAAAGACUGGAAGACGAUUUACCAAAUACUGACGACGACAGUGGUGGUAACAGCCCGAGUACAUCUGACACAACAAAGCCCCAAAGUAAAAUCGCCAGACGUAAGGCCAGUGAUGGUGAUUUUAAAUACAACUGCGAAUGGAUUGGCUGUAAUCACAUCGCAUCUGGUAUGAAUGAAUUCAAUCAUCAUGUAUCCUUACAUAGACGAGGAUACACCCUGUGUCUGGGUAGAGAUCAUGAAAUUGGUUCAGCUGAAUUCCGGUUCUACUGCCAGUGGCAGGAUUGUAAUGCCCAGAUUGAGGGACAGGUUGACGAUUUCUCCCGGCACGUCUUCUACCACACAUUUCAUCAGUACCUCAAGUAUCUGGGUCAGCAUGUUCAAACUGUGGAGAAGUUGGACAAGUGUCUCCUGGACACUGCGUCUCGUAACAUCAUCCCAGAGUUGCCAGAAAAGCUCAUGUGUCGCUGGCAUGACUGUGGAGCGGUCUAUGAGAACCCAUACAUUUUCUACUCCCAUGCGAGUCAACAUUUUGAGGACUAUCCUAAAGGCAACGAUCCAGGGGUGGUAGUCAGGUGCAAGUGGGAAGGCUGCUCUGCUGUUACAAAGUCUGCCCACAAGUUGAAAGAGCACAUUCGCUCACACACCCAGGCCAAAGUCAUUGCUUGCCCAACAUGUGGUAGCCUGUUUGCCAGCAACACACGCUUCAUUGACCACCUCAAACGGCAGAAUCAGGAGCCAGAAUUGAACUUUGAGUGCUCUCACUGCAACAAUAGGUUUGCUUCGGAGAGGAUCCUCAGGGAGCACAUGAGACACCAUGUCAACCACUACAAAUGUCCGCUGUGUGACAUGACUUGCCAUUCGCCCUCGGCUGUCCGAGACCACGUGCGAUACAGACAUUCCCAGGAGAGGAGUUUCCAGUGUCCACAGUGUGACUACAAAGCAAAGAGCGCGACAGACCUGAGGCGGCACAGCUUGUCGCAUGUGACCAAGGAGGCCUACUCCUGCACCAGGCCUGACUGUGAGAAGGUGUUCAAGACCAAGAAGGAGCUGAUGGAGCACUACAGUACAGAUCAUGAGGACUACGAAUGCCACAUUUGCUCAAAACCAUUUGAGGUGCACAAUUACCGCUGGCCUUCCGGACACAAGCGCUUCAGGUACAAAUUACAUGAAGACGGAGUCCGCCGGCUACAGACAAUUCGAUAUGAAAGUAUUGAGGUCAGUCAGCAGGUUUUGGGACAGGACCUAUCGGCCCAGUCAGUUACUGCCAACGGUGAGGAUGAUGAUGAAAAUAAUGCUCUCAUCAUUGAAACCGGAAGCUGCCAUGGUGAUAAAAGCAGCACAGACUUCAGAGAUCUACCAGAUGCAUCAAAGGAAUGUGCAGAGUUUAGAAGCCAAGAGAUUGCUGUAAGUCGCACUGAGGAUUUUGAGUAUCUCAAAGAGGAUGCUGGUGGUUCCAGAAAUGCCUCGGCAGUCAGUCUGGCGGUCAAGCGAAAAGGGCCAGAUGACGGUGCUGUUCUAAAGAAUCUGGCCGUCAGCGGAGAAGGGCCUGAAGACGGUGCUGGUCCAAAGAACAAACGCAAAUUAAAAGAAACUCAGGGAAACACGGCAAAGUCUAAGGGAGGUUGUAAAAAGCCAGUGAAAGAAUCGUCUGUGGUCAGUGAAGCUUCAAAUGUUGGAGAUGCUAGCAAUAGUCAGCAAGACACGGUGAAAGCGCGGAGACAGGCGAGGAAGAAAAAGAAGAAGGGGGAUAGCCAAGAAUUGCCUGCUGAACUGAAACAGACUGGUGUAGAUGAAACAAACAAGACAUGGCUGGAAGUUUUCUAUGUAGACCUAGAUAUGAAAUAA